AUGUCAACAGUGAACGUACUUCUUGUUGCUCUUUUUUCAUUAAUCACUAUCAUCAAUGGACAAUUAAAUUGUUCAACAUAUAAUCCAUGUGGUCGAUAUGGAUAUUGUCGUGAUAAUUCGGAUGGUGAAUGGACUUGUAAAUGUAAAUUUUGGUGGAAUGGAACAUUAUGUGAUGAACAAACAAAUAGUGGAAAACAAGUUAUUGCACUUGGUUGUAUAUUAGGUUUUCUUAUGGCAGUUUUUCAUGGUUUACAAAUUACGCGAUGUAUUCGAAAUAAAAGACGAAAAUCAAAAGAAGAUAAGAAAAAAGAAAUUUCACAAAUACCAACUCUAGUUGAUCUUGCAUUAGAAAAUGCCAAAAAAUCAACCCGUCUAUCUUCAUGUUUAGUUGCUUGUUUAACAAUAAUUAUUGCUGCUGUAGCACUUGUUUCAAAAUGGUCAUUAAUUCAACCAAUACAUAAUGAAGUAGCUACUAAAUAUCUGACUAAUCAACCGAUUUAUUAUGUACCAAAUUCUUUUUGUAAUACAAUGUCUCUUCAACAAUUUAAUAUUAUAACAUUUCCUGUUGCUUGUUUUUUAAUUCUUAUGCUUAUAAUAACAACCGAACGAACAUCAUUAUUGCCUAAUCUAUGUUAUGGAUAUGGAGGACCACCAAUGCCUGUUGAUUUCCUUUCCCAUGUUGAUCGAACAUUUGCUGCUUUCAUUUUUGCUGUAUGCGCAGAUGAAUUAUUAUUAAUAAUGCUGUCAGUAAUUGAUGGUACUGCAAAAAAAGGUGAAGGUGUUAUUAUUACUUAUCUUCUACGUGUUCUUGAAGUAUUUAUCAUGGGUGUUCGUUAUUAUGCUCUCUUAGCAGCUGUUUAUUUAAAUACAAUUUUUAUAUUAGCAUGUGCAACAAUAUAUGCUUGGCUUGACUAUGCAAUAACGAUAAUUAAUCAAGGCAUGUGUGACUCAGAUUUUUAUCCAACAUAUAAUGAUUAUCUAGAUAAUUCAACUAGUAUUGAAGAAAUGUUUGUUUAUUAUGGUACUGGUCCUAAUUUAAUUGCUAUACAAUUAUGCAUAGAUAUACCAAGAUUUUUAUGUUUAGCUUAUGUGAAUAUUAAAAUACCAAUGUUAUUAAUAAGAAAAAUUUAUCUUCAAUGCAAAAAAAAUUUACCAUUAGAACAAAAAAUGUUAAUGAAAUUAACACGAGAACAAAGAAUAUUUUUUCGUAUAUCAGAACCAGAUUCAGUUGAAAUGCUCUAUGUUAAAAAUUUAUUUCGUUCAGCUAAAAAUCGUCCAAAAAGUCAAACAUUAUUUGCACGUAUAAUACCAACAAAAAUUUAUGAAUGGAGAGAUGAUUAUCGUUUUUCAACACGAAUUCUUUGUCUUUAUUCAUCAAUUUUUCUUCUUUUAUAUUUUGUUACUAUUCAAGCAUGUGUACAAGCUCUACCUUUAUUAUCAAGUCUUCAACAAGUUCUUCAAGAUGCAGUUGAAAAAAUUUCAACGAUAUUUAUUUCUGAAUCCAAAGAUUAUGAUGGUGAAAAUGUUAGUCCUAAUACAUCUAAUUUUCCACUUCCAUCAUUAAUCAGACCUUAUUUAUUUGCUAUAUUUAUAACAUUAAUUCUAAUAGUUAUACAAUUAUUAGUAUUACUUGCUAAUAUACGUAGAAAUUCAUUUCAAUCAUUUCGUGGUGAAGAUAGUGAAAUACCACGACGAGAACGAUCAAAAUAUGUUUCAUAUGCAGCAGGAAAUUUUCAUUUUGCUGGAUAUUUUAUUGGCUAUUUAAUAUGGGGUUAUAUGAUUAUAGCAGUAUUUUCAUUACUAUUCUGUAUUAGUAUUGAUGCAUUUAUUACAUAUGGAAGUGUUCGAUUUCUUGAAUCGAUUUUAAAAUUUAUUAUACCAAGUAUUUUAUU